GCCUGUCAGCGAAAUCCAUUCCUGUCGAUUCUCGUAUGUUACCGCAUUCCAAUGAUCUGGGCACACUCAAUCUCGAGCCCCAAACGGCUUUCGCAAUUCAAUGCUUUCCCAAAUCCUGGCAGUCUCGCUGUCCAAAUGGAUUUGCUGUAAUCUGUAAUCUCUCCGACCCGCUCGCCAACUGUCCGCCCAAUGUACACCGCUGUAAUUCAGCUUGCAAUCCCGUGACCAUUGACUUUCGUCCCCACGACGUCACUGGUGCGUUCGAUGACCUUGACUCUGUACCACCAUCAUCGCCAUGUAUCGUCGUCUCCCUCUCGCUCGCCUACUGUCUUUUUCGCCUACUGGCUCGCUCACCUGCUGCCCAACUCUGACUCGGCGUCACUUUGUACCUGGUAACAUAUUGUCGCUCGCUUGCCUGCUAUCUCACUGCGUUCAUGGGCUUGUACUGGGGUGGGGCGGGUACAGGUCACGGUGGACAGUCCUUCGUGUUGACGUCGUCAUUGGUCGGUCUUCAGUUCGCGCUGGUACAACCAGGUCGGAUUUAUCUCGCGCACAUACCCAUAUGCGGCCGCAGACUCAUUUAGUAUGGUGCGCACUCAGGUUGCCCGUCGUACCCAGCAUACAGUCAUGCCAUGUACUUUGUAUGUCUCCCUCACCUAUGGCGACUGCGGGUUGUCCCUCGGGAAUGCUGGCGCUGCGCGCCCACAACCCAGGCGGUGUUGCGGGCAGAGGCAACCCUCCGAGCACUCAAACUUGUCACUCGCGGGGUUACCUCAUGUCUUCCCUCUGUCGUCGCGACUCACCAUCCUCUUCCUCUAAGUACACUUUUGCAACGGUGCGCGGAAUCAAGCUUGCACGGGGGCUACCCCAAGCAUACCGAGGCCUCCGAGUUCAAUCGGAAGGACUGACCGAGGCCAACGAAUGAGCGGUAGGCGUGAGAGCGAGGGAUCCGCUACGGUGAGUGCAGACUCACGCGGGCGGGCUCGCUGACUCUAGGCACAGGGCAUUGCAACUUGCAGCACAACGCGCACGAAGACCGCGAGCAUGAAGAGACAAUGCUCCGCGUGCAAACACGGCCGACGAGCGGGCGCCAGCCUCCUCACAAUGUCCGGGUCAUGGUGGGGCGUUUGCUGCAGGACCCGAUCCCUGAUUUUGACUUCGAAGCCGCCGAACACAUGCUGGACGUGCCUCCGAGUCUGCAGCUGGUGCGUAUAGUUU